CUGCCGGUCUGUCUCGACCCCCGUCAACAAUCAUUUGUCUUGGAUUUCUGUCUUAUUCACUCUUCCCAUUGUUAUUGCCAGACAUCCCUUCUUCCUGCCAUAGAUCUGAUCACAAUCAUUGAGCUUUUUCUUGAGUGUUGAUCCAUUGUUAUCCAAUGGCGGCCAGGCGAACGUUGCUUCUUGGCAUCAACAAUGCCUGCUCUACUCCUAUAUGCAGUAUCAGCAUCUGCAUUGGUCGGUCCAGAAUAGCAUCCAAGCAUCUCCAGAUACCCAGGACAUAUCCUCUCUCUUCAAGCCAGUCCCGCUUCUUUUCUUCCUCUAGACAGCGAGGAUUGGGAGCCUCCCGAUCAAAUAACGCCACAAGCCAACCCGUGAUCGACAGGACAAGAUCAAAGGUUUUCCAUGAUGCGGACGAAGCGGUAGCCGACCUUCAAUCUGGUUCAGUCGUGCUCAGUGCUGGUUUUGGGCUUUGUGGAACCGCCGAAACCAUCAUUUCUGCCAUGGUGCGACGCGGAGAUAGUCUCAGCAACCUCACGGCUGUCUCCAACAAUGCUGGCGCUGCAGGGGCUGGAGGGCUCUCGCCACUCACAAAGUCAGGGCAGAUCACUCGGUGCAUCCUAUCUUACCUGGGCAAUAACAAGGUCCUCGAACAAAAGUACUUGUCUGGCCAAAUCGCUAUUGAAUUAUGUCCUCAGGGUUCUCUUGCGGAGAGGAUCCGUGCCGCAGGUGCAGGUAUUCCUGCAUUCUUCACCCCGACAGGCGUCGCCACCUUUAUCCAGACCGGAGGCAUUCCCACGCGACUAGGUCCUGUUGAUCCCAUUACCAAGAAGUCCGCCGUACUGGAAGGUGGCAAGCCCCGUGAAACAAGAAUCUUCAAUGGCAAAACCUAUGUCAUGGAGACGGCACUCCCUGGUGACGUGGCCAUCUUGAGGGCCUGGAAGGUCGAUGAGGCUGGGAAUUGUCAAUUUCGAUAUACCACAAAGGCUUUUGGAACCAUCAUGGCCAAGGCCGCCCGUCUGACGAUUGUCGAAGCAGAGAACAUUGUGCCGGUGGGGUCCAUCGAUGCCAACGAUGUACACCUUCCCGGGAUUUAUGUCGACCGAGUGGUGCCUGCGACAGUGGAAAAGAAAUUGGAAAUCAAGAAAACCCGGCCAUCAGACACAGGCAAUGACUCGGAUGCCUCAAAUACAUCAGCCUCGUCUAACUCAUCCACCAAACCCGAGGCGCUAGUACGAAGAGAUCGCAUCGCCCGGCGGGCGGCAAAAGAACUGAAGCACGGCAUGUACGUCAACCUAGGAGUAGGCAUGCCUACGCUGGCACCAUCAUUCCUGCCCUCGGACGUCAAGGUCUGGAUCCAGUCUGAAAAUGGAAUCCUAGGCAUGGGCCCAUACCCGACCGAGGACGAGGUUGACCCAGAUAUUGUCAACGCCGGCAAGGAAACUGUGACAUUAGUACCGGGGGCCUCGACGUUCGACUCAUCGGAAUCAUUCAGCAUGAUCCGCGGUGGGCAUGUCGACGUGUCCAUCCUGGGAGCGCUUGAGGUCUCGGCCUCGGGCGAUCUGGCCAACUACAUGAUCCCCGGUAAAGUGUUUAAAGGCAUGGGGGGCGCCAUGGAUCUGGUGUCUAACCCAAACCAGACCAAGAUUGUCGUCACCACAGACCAUGUCGACAAGUAUGGCAAGAGCAAGAUUGUCCAGACGUGCAAAUUGCCUUUGACUGGUGCCAAGGUUGUCAGCACCAUUAUCACGGAUCUGUGCGUUUUCCAGGUGGACAGAAUCGACGGAGGCUUGACCCUCACCGAACUUGCGCCUGGUGUCACCGUUGAUCACGUCAAAGCAAACACCGAUGCCAGUUUUGUGGUCGCAGAUCCUCUGGGUCAAAUGGAUUAGUAAUGUUGGGAUAGGUUGGUGUUGGUGAGAAUCCUCCCACGACACCGCACACCGUGAAAUGGAAUUCUAUGGUUGAACAUUUAUUUUCUGUUGCACUUGAGCGAUGACAAGAAGAGGUCUGAGGUCCAAAACGAUGGGGGCUCAUGGAUCAAUGGUCCGUUAGCAGAAACCCCACGACUAUAGACAUUGAUGAUUCCAGAAGUGUGAGCCGUGUCUCAUUCGAAUAUUGAAUACCGUAGCGUCUAGUGAUUGGGCACACGUCAAUGAACUGUGAUGGAGAUGGUAUAACGCCAAUGCAUUGAAAAUACCGACCUCUAUACUUUUGAUCCACUUUGAUACGAC